CUGCUCCCGCUGGACUACCAACGCCUUUUUGAUUUAGGGACGAGCUGGGUGUGAUCGUCAUGAACAAAGUAUGUUUUUGAUGGCUGGGUAAAUCAGCCUUUACUUCUACAAAGAGAUCCUAAGAAAGAGAGAAAAGUCUGCUCGCAUCAUUUUUUAAAAAGGGAAAGAGCAGUGUUGUGGGUGGGUUUUUUCCCCCCUUCUCUUUGGAUUUCUUUAUAAACUUACAAAAAAUGGCAACAGCAGCAUAUGUGGAUCAUUUUGCAGCAGAGUGCCUUGUUUCUAUGUCCAGUCGUGCUGUUAUCCACAGUCCCAAAGGGGAGACAGAUCCCCAACCUGAUGCAGCAAUACCUCCUUCAUCAAAUGAAGAUAAGCGGGAAGUCAGAGAAACCGGGAAAGACAAUGGAUCAUCAUUACUUGUGGUAGCCAGCAUUUUAGCAGAUCUCAACCAGCAUGUCCCAAACUCACCUGCUCUAAAGAUGGAGAAAACGGACACCUUCGAUAUCACAGAAGAGAUACACAUUUCUAUUACUCCUCAGGAGUUUGGGGAAGAAAGUGUGUCUUCGGCUGGUAAGCGUGGAGGAGGAAGAGCAGCCACACCUACUAGCCUGGCUGCAGUAACUGAGCCAAGCCCCAGACAAAAGAACAAACGCCCGAGAAGCUGGACUGACCCUGGAUCACCCCAGAAAAAGCACAAAUGCCACUAUGUGGGGUGUGAAAAAGUUUAUGGCAAAUCCUCCCAUCUUAAAGCUCAUCUAAGGACCCACACAGGUGAACGACCUUUUGAAUGCAACUGGCAAGGAUGUAACAAGAAGUUUGCUCGCUCUGAUGAGCUGGCCCGCCAUUACCGCACUCACACUGGAGAAAAGAAGUUCAGCUGUCCUCUCUGUGAGAAACGCUUCAUGCGCAGCGACCAUCUGACAAAGCAUGCCCGUCGCCAUGCCAAUUUCCACCCAAGCAUGCUCAAGACGCGAAGUGGAAGCAGCUCCAGAACAGGGUCUGUCAGUGACUACAGCCGCUCAGAUGCCUCAAGUCCAACGAUUAGUCCUGCCAGUUCCCCAUAGACCUAUCUGCACUGGAUGUCAGCACUUUGCCUCUGAUACCUAACGUGGAGUUCUGUUUGUGUUGCACACAUUAAAAAACCUCUGUUGCUUCCCCUCCUCAGUUUCCCACAGCCCCCGUUUAAAAAAAAUAAAUAAUAGCUGCCUCCCACUGCAAUUUCCAGUCAAAUUUUCUUCCCCCAACCACACAAGUGGCUAUUCUAACCUCAUGGACAGACAGACUUACAUGUUACACUUAGUGACUCCUGCUGUCUCAAUAUUUCAUACAUUUUGCAACCAUUUACAGAUCCUCUUGAUUAUUCUUUAUAAGAAAAUGAGAAAAUCUGAAAAAAGAAAAACGACCCAUUUAAUUCACCUCAGGUGUCAGAGUAGUUUUGUAAGACCGGAUUGCACAACAUGAGCAUACAUACACUUAGAAAUCAACUGUGUUGGAUUGUCUCCCCUUCUCCUUUCUCAGGGAUGGAUAUUUAUGUUACACAAUAAUUACAAUGAAGACACACCCUAACCACAGCCUUACUCUGUAAAUAUAUUUGCACUCAGAAGCUUUUUGUUAAAUUCUUUCACACACUGGGGAAAAAAUAACAAACAAACAAUACAAAAACCAAACCAGUACUGGAAUGUAGUACCAGACUCUUCCAUUGUUUGUUUUCCUGAUUAUAUACCUACACUGGGGAGUGUCCAAAGAGGAGUCUUGUCUUUCUUCAAGCUGUCCUUUGCUUCUGUUGGUAGCAAGCCGUCAUUUUCACUUCUCGCUGAAGAUGCUCCAAAACCAACUUCCUAUUGCAAAAAUCUCUGUGAAGUUGAUAAACUUACUCGUUUGUUUCAUGCUAGAUAAAUUUCUGAGAAAAAAUCCUCAACAAGAUGCCUUAAGUAAAUAAUCUAAAUCAUGAGGAAACUUAUUUACACUGGGUAACAUUUUAUUGCAAGGUGGCAUGGAAUCUCGGAGGCGUUCUGUCAUCGCUCUCUCCAAGUUGUUAAGCUCUCUGCUCUGCCUGUUCAGUAUGGGACCAACAAAAUGCUAGAAUCAAACCACACUGACUUGAAUAAUCUCCUUUAUUAUUUUUUCCUUUUUGAAAAACGAACUAUGGAAACAGCAUAGCUGAACAAAUGCCCACCAAAACUUUUAUCAAGGUACUUACCUACUGUACAGAGGAUCUUAGCAAGACAAAUUGGCUAAGACAUAGUUUCUGUAUCCUGUUGCAUCACAGUCGUGGUUGCUGAUAAAAGGAAGUGAAAAUCAUAAGGUAUCUUCUGACAGGGAAAAUAAAAUAUGCAUUUUAAAGUUUUAAAAUAAAUUACAUUUUAGCUCAGCAGUACUACAGGUUUCUCAAAAAUACACCGACCAGCGUAAAGUGCUCUCAUUUCUGAAUUGCUUAAUAACAAAAAGGGAAUCUUGGCUAGUUUUCAGUAACUUUCAAAUAUUUGACACUAGAUUGAGCACUAGGAGGUAGAUUUUUAUGUUUCAUAUGGUAGAAAAUACAGCAAAAAACCAGGAGGCGUUGUAAUGUAUUGGAGACCUCAGUGGCAGCAAAUACACUUUACUUGGUUUGGCUGGGUCUGAUGGGGCAUAUUAUAAAUUCAGGUCCUUUGUGUUCUGGAAUUUUUGGGGUUUCUUAUUUUUACUGGAAGGUAUAAAUGCAGUUAAGUGUAGCAUGGUAAAAUGAAACUAUGCCAGCCUGCCAUUUGAUAUCGAGUGAAUGUCUCUGGAUUCCAAAUGAACCUGUAUCUUGCUGCUUUGCAUUGAUCCAAUUUUGCAAGUGUUUAUUGUACUGUAUAUUAACUGUGAGAGGCUCUAAUACAGAUUUCCAAGUAGUUUCAUAGGUACUUCCAUAAUAUUUACAUUAUUCCUAAUACUACGCAUUCUGUUAGUUGUAUGGAUAAAUGCUUAAGUGACAGUUCAAAGUGCAGAUAAUUUCAGUAUUCAUGUUAAUUUCCUUCAGAUUUCACCCCUGUAAAAUCACAAUUUCCCCCUUUUGAACUGAAAGUCAUGUGAGGCCCAAUUCUACUGUUUCAUUUUACAGAAGAGAGAACAUUCUAAGGGUUUUUUGCAAGAUGACAAAUAUUUUUGAGAUUGUGUGAUGAGUUGCCUAAUCAGUGUGAGUUAGGGGAAAGCCAGAUUUGUUUGCCUACAUAUAUUUCCUGUUUUCUGUUUUUUCUUUAAAAAAAAAAAAAUCUAAUGUACCUGAGGUACACAGUUUUAAUAACUUGAUACAAUUCAGGUAAGUUCAGGAGUUCACAUUCCAGUGAUUUCUGUGACUGCUAAAAGUGCUCUUGUGCUGUAGUUAGUAAAGAGGCAUUUAAGAUACUUAGCUAAAAGAAUUCUACAGGUCAGCUGUAUCUUGUGCACAUACUUUGAAACAAGUCAUAAACACAUUUCUCAUUAUACCUUAAUAGAUGGAUGGGGGGAGGGGACACAACUCGAAUCAAAUAACUUGAAAAAUCAUAGGCUUCAUGUUCAGUUUGUUCUAAAAUCAUCUUUUCCAACAAGAGCAUCAUUUAAUCUUUUAGCAAAAGAUGAACCACUCCAGUCCUUUUAUUUAGGGCAUAAUAAUUCAGCGUGAAUCAGUAGGUGCAUUACAAACCAGUUGUUUUAAUACCCUGGAGAAAGAAUAUUCACACCAGGUUUUAUUAGUACUGAGAUUAUGGGAUGUAAAGAUUAUGGAACAAGUUAUUCUGAGUGACAUAAGAACGAUGUAAUCUUGAACUCAAACAGUAGACUAAGCAUUUUAUAUAUAUUCCUCAUAGAUAUUGCUAAUAAUUCUCCAAGUUUAAGCAGAAAAAAAAAUUGUUUCAAAGUCAAAUUUUCAGUUCAGCCAGUUCAUCUAAUGAGAAGGCUAUAGUCUAUAUAUAGCCAACAUAGCUACACUUUCAGGAAAUCUCUGAAAUUUGUCAUUAAGUCUUUUUUUACAUCUUAGCUGUAAAUACCUCACAGUGUGUUAGGCUGACACAGUCAAAUUACUGUGUUUCAAAAUCCUAGCUAGAGUUUCAAAUAUCUCCAUUAAAUGUUUAAUACAUGAUAGCUUUAGGAUAAAAUGAUGAAUUCAAAACCAUUAGUAGUUUCAAAACUGAACAUGAACAAAACAUCUCUUAAAAGUUUUCAUAUGGAAAGAGAGUGUUUGGGGUUUUCUAGCAUCUACUAGAUGCUAGAAAAAAAGCAGAAGCACCAGCAAGGUCAUAAGACACCAUUGUCAUCAUGGUUCCUCCCGAGUUUUGCAGAUGUGAGAAGUCUAAGCAGCUCAAAUUAUGUUUUGAAAUCAAGGUGCUUAUCCAAACUAACCUCCGAUUUUCACCCUUUUGUUGUUUCACCCUGUGGUGUAACCUAAACCAGUCUCCUGGCACAGCAACAAACAUUGCACACUCAGGAAAUACUGCUCUGGCAAGGUGCAGAUUUAUUCACAGUCCUCCAUUUGGAGGAGCAUGCAUCGCUCUCUUUCUGCAUCCUCCUUUCCCCAUGCAAUCUGUUGAGGUGAUUUUCCACAAACUACAAAAUUGCCCUCUUUUUUUUUUUUUUUUCUCCUUUAAUUUCAGAAUAGAACAGGUUUAUUUUUAUUAAGAAAGCCCUGAAAGUUUGUUUGUUUUUCUCCAGUCAUGAUUCUAGCUUCCUCUCUAAGAGUUAGGUUUAACUGCCUUGUUAUAGGAAAUGGGUGCAAGUUAAAGUCACCAGUCAACUGAAACUAAAGAUGCUCUUAGAGACUCAUUCACCCCUUCCAUUAACCUCAUCCUGUGCAAAGGCCUAAAGUGCAUUUAUGGCCACAUGAAUUCAGUUUUCACCCUGCUUCUUAGGAAGCAGUCCUGGUAAACUCCUGGCAGCUAGAUUUUAUUGUGAGAAUUGUUUAUAUCUGUAAAUUAGUUGUUCCUUGCUUUUAUAAUACAUGCAUAGAAUCUGUUUACAUUACGUAACUGCAAAGGUAUAUAUUUAUAACAAGUCAUCAGAAGCCUCUGUUUGAUGGUAACACCUAAUUCCUAUAUGUAUCCUACCCUCUUUACUGCAUUAACCCUUGCAAUAACUUUUAUCUAUGAGAGCCUCUGUACACCUUUAAAACCUCAUUACCUUCUAUCCAGAUGUUCAGUGCUUUCCUUGUUCCAUGCAGCCAGGCAGUAAAAGGCUGUGUGAUAAGCUUACCUGUGUCUAGCUAUUCACAUUCUGCCUUUUCCCAGUUCUUUGCCAUGAGUUCUAUGAUCUGUACCGGGCGAAGUGCACUGUCGUUUUGGGGAACAUGGUUUGUGAAGAAAGAAUAAGGAAAAUGAACUCUGCAUACUUACAGCUUGCCUUUUUGUUGCCAUUUGAUUUGCUAAUUUCAUCAGGUGAUGCCUACAGACUGACUUUCAGGUGCUCUUUUACUCCAUCACACCAUCUGUUUGUGCAUUGGGUGCUAACAUAUGGUCUAUGUCAGUGAAUGGUAUGAUGAACGUCUGUAUUUUAAACUCUUUUGGGGAUAAAGCUAUAGCCUUAGGCAGAAGAAAAUAACCAAAUGAUAGUUGUUUACCCCAUAAGCCAGAAUUUAGAAUGCAAAAGCCCAUCCACUGGUAUAGAUUUUUUUUACAAAUAUAUAUAUA